GGCAACGUAUAAACUAAACUUCGCCAAUUUUUUUGUAUCUGCACUGCUGACGUCAGCAACAAAUCUAAAACAACCUAUUUUUUUAUUGUCGUUCUUACCAAAGUGGAUUUCUCAACGGGUCUUAUCGACUAGUAUAUAUAAACAUAGAAAAAAUUGAAUAACAAUAUAUAUAAACAUAAAAAAAAUAAUAAUUUACGACGAGGAUGGGAUUCGAACCCACGCGGGCAGAGCCCAAUGGAUUAGCAGUCCAUCGCCUUAACCACUCGGCCACCUCGUCUGAGUUAAAUUAUUUUUUUUAUUUAUUUCAAAGUUUAGACGGAGUUAAGGCUGAAAUACACUAUCAUUUUUCAAUGAUCAUUUUCCAAUUAUCAUUGAAAAAUGACAGUGUAUACAGAAAAAAAGGCAUUUUUUACUCUCUCAUUUCCAAUGAUCCUUAAAAAUUAAAAGUUGAACAUGUUCAAUUUUUAAUUUUUCAUUGACAUUUUUUUCUAUUGUUUUAAAUCUAAUCCAUUGUUUUCGCACACGUGUUUGUUGCACGCGAUGUAGUUUAGGCGUAAACAUAGUUAAAAACAAAGAUUUGAACAAGUAAUUCACCCGAGAAUGAAGACGCAAGAAGCGACCAAAAAUUUUAUUAAGAUUUGGAGAAGCCAGCCCAGUUUGUGGGAUGUUAAAUCCCCUUUCUGUAAGGACAGAAACGAGAAGGCAAAAAGUUAUGAGAUAUUCAAAGGUAGACUAGGAAUGGCAGAGAAAAUAGUGAGGAGUAAAAUAAAUACACUGCGAAGUUAUUUCAGCGCAGAAUUGAAGAAAGUAAACAACAGCAACAAAAGUGGAGCAGGACGAGAUGAUGUUUUCGAAAGUAAAUGGCCAUACUUUCAGACCUUGCUAUUCCUACGUGACUCCAUCGUCCCAAGAAAAACAACUUCUUCGAUGGAAUUUGACUACAAUGAAAAUACAGCUGACAAGGAGAGUGAGUCACUUCAAAAUUCACCAAUAACCCUCCAAGAAUGGGACAUGGAGGAUGAAAUUGACGUGUGUACCACCGAUGUGACAUCAACGAAGAAGCCUCUCCCCAAAAAACGAAAAGUUUCCCCGAAAUCUUCAGAAGAUCACAUGUUGAGGCACGCAAUAUCAGUUCUGGAAGAAAAACGCGGGAAAACACUGAGUGCAGAUGAACUCUACGGUCGCACUCUUGGAGAGAGUCUAAAAGCCAUUCCAGACAGAAUGCAAAAAGAAUACCUUAAAGUGAAAAUACAGGAGCUCCUUUUUCAAGCUCAGAUGGGAUUACUCGCCGUACCCUCUUUCAGAACACCGCCCGUUCAAUCUCCGAUCCCAAGGAACUCUUCAACACAUGCCACACAAAAUUACCCACCCUUUGUGUCUCCGCCGUUAUCGCCUGUUUUACUGAAUAUGUACCGACACCCAGUGAACAUUGUAGUAGUUAUCUAUCAUCAGAUAAAAAGUAUUCUUCUGAUAAAAGAAGCUAAUCACAUAUAAACAUAAAGUCUGAUAUCAGAUGCUGUGACACCAUCUUGGAUCGUGUUUAGAGAGCGAGCCGAAACUCACGGCAUCCGAUAUAUACCUAGUAAAAUAUAUUACAAUCCCUCUUUUUCUCGAAGUUAUUGUUGUUGAUUUCUUGAUUGUUUGUUUUAUAACAUGUUCACAUAUUUGCUUUUCAACUCAGUUCCUCUGCACGUACAUAAAACGUUUUUGUUCUUCAGCUAUACACAUCGGUCUUUUACUAUAUACAUCGUAUCGUUCGUCUGCUAUAUAUAUACAUCGUUUAUCAUUAUCGUUCUUGUUAUCAUUAUCUUGUUAUCGUUCUUAUUUUUUCUCUAAGUCUUCUUCUUGCGCUUCGGAUUGAUGAUGACGUAACGCUCUGUAGUUUUUCUUUGUCGUUUCGGGUAGGUUUUUGCACCGUUCUUGUGGUUUUUCUUUUCGUAUAGAUCUUCUUCUUUGUUAUGGCCAUCAUUCGGUUUAGAUUGUUGGUUCUCAUCAAAAUUCGCAUUGCUUGAGCAGGUACAAGGGUCUGCCCUGUUUCGCGCGUUAGAAACACUCGAUUGCUUACCCUUCGCAGAUCUAUACAGUUUCGCGUGUCCGUUUGCUCGUAGAAACGUUUUUCCUUCCUUGUUUCGAACCAUGAUGCUUCGUUUGUAUACUUUAAUGAUGGUGAAGACUUCCUUUAACCAGGGCGGUGAAAGUUUGUUUUUGUUG